CCGUUAGCGUCGACACCAUCCGGAGCGACCAACAUGGCGGCGGCCGUCCGAUCCCUCGUCUGGCUGCAUCAUCAAAGGCAUAGCUUUUCCAAGAUGGUUUAUCAAAUAUCUCUCUAUCCUGGUUCUGUAAAUGUUCUGGUUCCCAACAGACAUUUGGCUGCUGCAGUUCCUGCUACAAGGCGUGAAAAGAAAACAAGAAAAGAUACCAAAGAAAAAACAUCUGCUGAAAGACUAGAUGAGAUAGAAAAAAUAAAAUCAUACCGCUACAUGGAAGGUGAACCUGAGGAUGAUGUCUAUUUAAAACGCUUAUACCCAAGGCGGAUAUAUGAGGUGGACAAAGCUAUCCACCUCCUGAAGAAAUAUCAAAUUCUGGACUUUACUAAUCCAAAGCAAGGUGUUUAUCUUGAUUUGACAUUGGAUAUGGCACUUGGGAAAAAGAAAAAAGUGGAGCCAUUUGCAAGUGUUAUUAGUUUUCCAUACCCAUUUGCUUCAGAGAUGAAUACGGUUGCUGUAUUUACAGGGAAUGAAUUAGAGAUGAAAAUUGCGGAAGAAAAUGGAGCUGCGUUUGCCGGAGGAAGUAAUCUGAUUCAGAAGGUUUUGGAUGAUGAAAUUCAUGUAGACUUUUAUGUAGCUGUUCCUGAAAUAAUGCCUGAGCUUAAUCCUUUAAGGAAGAAACUGAAGAAAAGAUAUCCAAAGUUUGGUAGAAAUUCCAUUGGCCGAGACAUUCCCAGAAUGCUUGAAUUAUUUAAAACUGGACAUGAAAUUAUGGUAGAUGAAGAAAGAGAGCACUUUCUCAGCACCAAAAUAGCAACAUUGGAUAUGUCAAGCGACCAGAUAGCUGCCAAUCUGAGAACCGUUAUUAAUGAAGUCUGUAGGCACAGACCGUUAAAUUUGGGUCCCUUUGUAGUUCGUGCUUUCCUUCGUAGUUCAACAAGCGAAGGCUUGCUGCUGAAGAUUGACCCACUGUUGCCUAAAGAAGCUGAAGCUGAAGAAAGUGACAAAGAGCCAAGCGCUGGUGGCUCACGCCUGUAAUCCUAGCUACCA